GCUCUUACCACUGGCAGCAUCCCUGGCUUCAUUGACGUCGUAAUGAACCUAAAUUCUCCUGCGCUGCUGGAAGACAACCUCAUUUGGCAGGCAAAGACGGCAGGGAAGAGAAUGGUGUUCUACGGAGAUGAUACCUGGGUGCGCCUCUUUCCCAAACACUUCAUGGAGUAUGAUGGCACAACGUCCUUCUUUGUUUCUGAUUACACUGAGGUUGACAACAAUGUGACCCGUCACUUGGAUGGCACCCUUAAAAGAGAUGACUGGGACAUUUUGAUCCUUCACUACCUAGGCCUUGACCACAUCGGUCAUAUCAGCGGACCCCACAGUUCCCUCAUCCAGCCUAAACUGCUCGAGAUGGAUGACAUCCUCGAGAAGAUUCACAGCGCUCUCAUUUCAAAGGAGGCAGACGGAUCCCUGCCCUACCUGCUGGUGCUGUGUGGAGACCAUGGCAUGUCUGAGACCGGCAGCCACGGAGGCUCUUCAGAGCCAGAAGUCAAUACGCCCCUUGUGCUCAUAAGUCCAGCCUUCAAAAGAAAAGGUGGAAUGGAGACGCCUGGAGUGGUGGAGCAGGUGGACCUGACGGCGACCCUUGCCCUUGGACUCGGCCUUCCCAUAUCUCAAAACAACGUGGGUCACGUCAUCCCUGGUGUUUUUGAGGAAACCACCCUACGUGACCAGCUACGCUUCCUGCAUCUCAAUGGUCACCAGCUCAGCUGCCUGCUCAAAGAUAGCAUGUCAGGCUAUGACAAAGAAAGCGGCUUUGAGCAGUUCCGUGUGGCAGAAAAGGCUCAUGGGAACUGGAUGAAGCUUUACCUGGAGGGCAACAACUCUGAAGUGCUGUCCAACAUAGGAAAGAAGGUCUUAAAGCAGUAUCUGGAGGCCCUUGCAGCCAUGAGCUCAGCCCUCAGCAAACAGCUGGGCAAGUACGACAUGUACUCCAUGAUCGCAGGCAUGGUGUUUGUGUUUCAGCUCCUGUUAGUCUUACUGCUGGCUAUGCCGGAAGCUCUCAGUGGUGAAGCAGCAGUUGACGUCCCCGUCCUCUCGUCCCUGCUCUCUCUGCCUUUCUACCUCUUGUGCCUGCUACUCGCCUCAGUACACGUCUUAGUGUGCACAUCCACUGAGAGCUCCUGUUACUUCUGCAGCCUCUCCUGGGGUCUAGUGUUUGCUGCUGUUGCCUUCUCCUCAGCAAUGUUUUGUACUCUGGUCUCUAUGGCAACAAGGCAUCUUACCCCAGGAACAAACAUUAACAGGAAGUUGCCCUUCAGGAGCAAAGACUGGUCACUGUCAGAACUCGAUGCUUUACUGCUGGCCGGCACAGUCGGACACACCCUUAGUCUGGCGGCCAGCAGCUUCGUGGAAGAGGAGCACCAAACCUGGUACUUUCUGCUCAACACCCUCUGCCUCGCAGUCUUCCAGGAUGUCUGCCGCAAAUACUUCAGAGAGCAGAGAGACACUUCGGACGAAGACGAGCAUAUCCUCCUUUCCAAAGAUUGUCACUCAUCUGUUCACCAAAAAGCAGACAUUUGCUCAGAGAAAUGGCUAGCAUUAGCCACGCCCCCUUUCACUCUGAUCUGCUGCAGACUGCUGCGCUCCCUCAACCAGACUGGAGUACAGUGGGCUCAUCUUCCUGACAUGGGACAUUGGCUAAACAGCUCCGAACACAGGACAGUACUGUCUUUGCUGGCUGCAUUCUGUUUGGUUCUUAUCUACCUCCUGGUUCAAAGACGGUGCUCAUGGGUGUCCAAGGCUGCCCUCGCCCUCGGACUUGUGGGUGUCUACAGCUACCGUGCAGCUGUUGGCAAUGUCAUGUUUCCCUGGCAACACGCUGGUCGACCUAUGUCCAAGGGAACAGUGGAGGCACGCUUUGUUUACGUGUUUGUUUUGGGCAUCCUCUUCUCCGGCACCAAGGACCUGUUGCGUUCCCAGAUUAUCACCGCUGAUGCCAAGUUGAAGAGCAGGGGAUUGUGGGAGCUCUACAGUGGCUUGGUUUUGUUGGUGUCACUAUUGUUUCGUGCCCACAACUUGCCCGUCCUCUGCUGCUGCCUGUUGGUCCAGACGCUCAUGGCUCAGUUUAUCUGGAAGAAACUCCACUAUGAUGCUGCCCAAACCACCAUCAUGCAUUAUUGGUUCGGUCAGGCAUUCUUUUACUUUCAGGGGAAUUCGAACAACAUUGCCACCAUCGACAUUUCCGUUGGGUUUGUCGGGCUGGAAAGUUACAUAGAAGCACCCGCCAUCUUCUUAACAGCCCUUAGCACUUACGCAGGGCCCCUGCUAUGGGCCUGUCAUCUCGUCUGCUACCUGAGCUCAGAGAGAGAUAGGAGUCCGGUUGCAGUUGGCCAUGGCUGCUACUGCUUAGCCCUGCUGAGGUCUGUGCCAGCAGCAGCCUACAUUGUUCUGGUCACUGUCCUGCGGUACCAUCUCUUCAUAUGGAGUGUCUUUUCACCAAAAUUACUGUACGAGUCCAUGCACGUAAUGCUGACUGCAGGAGUCUGCCUCUUCUUCUACACAAUGGAGCAAAGCCCCAGUCCCAGUAAGUCUUAAGGAGCCGAAGACUUCAGAAAUCCCCUGCUAUGAAAGGAUUGGACAGUUUACUGUGUGAAGGACUGUCAGACUGAUACACAGGACAACAUGCUUACCCUCACUUAUUAUCUUUCCAAUCUGUUAAUAUGUGAGAAGUUGCUUUUGAAAGGGUCCUCCUUUUGCACUCUGUUUGGUUUCCCAAAAAAAAAGAGAUGGAAAUGAGAAUGUACUUCUGUAGUCUUUUCAGAUA